ACAAAUAAAGACCCACCACGCAUGCGCACUKUGGUUGCUCUAAUAAAACAGCUCGCUGUUGUAAUUUAAGGGCGAUCUGGUGCAAAUCGGCUGAUUGACGGGAGCCUCGUCGCCAUCAUGGCGUCCAGCAGUGGGUUUGUCGUUCAGGCGGCGGUGGUCCUUCUGGCGGUGCAGCUCGUCUGUGUCGGUGCCGCUGAGGCUGAGCAGGAGACCGGGACCGUGAUCCCUGCAGAAAGUCGUCCAUGUGUGGACUGCCAUGCCUUUGAGUUCAUGCAGAGGGCGCUGCAAGACCUGAAGAAGACGGCUUUCAACCUUGACGCCAGGACAGAGCUGCUGGUGCUGAGGGCUGAGAGGCGGGCUCUGUGCGACUGCAUGCCCACCAACUCUCUGCUCUGAGCUCCACGAACACCUGCCGGUUCCAAACCUCCACCCGUGUACAGCGACCCUCAUCUGAACGACACAAAACAGGCACUUUAUUUAUUUUCCACAUCGUUACUGUUGGGUGAGGCUAUGAACCAUGUUAUCAUCGGGCCUUAAUCAGAGCGAGUCUCAUACUGUUUGUCAGCGUUCACCAGAAACACAGUUUUAUACUCUUUAGUACCUGUACCAUGUAGAUAGAGUAAAACGUAAAUGAUUGUGUUGUAUGAGAUUAAUGUUUACACACUUCAAACUGUAGCAUCAGMGUUUAUUUAGCUGCUCGUAAUAACAGCAGUUUGUGCAGUAAUUUAGGACAUUAUCACGAAUCAGAGUCAUUUUACUAGAUUAAUAUAGCCUGCAGGAAGUGGUUGGGUAACUUUGCAAUUCAUUUUUUUUAUUCUCUUAAGGUAAAUUAAAUAAAACGUGUACGUUCUUAUUUAGCACAGCACUGUAGCAUGAAUUUACAGCACUUUUUUUCGUUGACUUGUUAAUAAGSGUUGUGUGUGUAUAAACCAUGUAAAUGUGCUGGAGGACUCGUCACGGAGGCGUCUGCAGACGGAGGCAGAAAAAGUGAUGAACUGUGUGGUGUUGGAUGAACUGCAGCAUCAGCAGCAGCAGGAAAGAUGGACAGAACUGCAGCGUGAAAAAAAAAAACAACAACCAAGAGGCAGAAAUGAUAACUGUCUUAUUUUAAUUUGUUCAUGAACUCAUGUCACAAGAGGCCCCCAUUUACAGUUUUAAUGUUGUAGCCACAAAUAAAAAAAAGAUAAAUCACCA